AUGUAUGUACAAGAAAAGGCGGUGUCCCACUACAGCCACGUCUCAUUCGCCCUCCGCCAUCGCCCAACCACGCGUGUGUGGCACCUCCACUUCCGCCUCUUCCCUGAUGGCCUCUCAUUCCGCUACUCUCUGCCCGCAAUCAACGCGACAUACGAGCCCCGCCAUGUGAUUCAGGAGACUUCACACUUUUUCUUCCCCUUCACGGCCGACGAUGCGGCGUGGUUUUUCGAACGCGACAAACUCAGCCAUUAUGAGUUGCUCUCGUACGCCGGCGUCUUUCGGACGGCUCCGGCCAGCUCUCUCUCGUCUUGCCCGAGGAGUAGAGGGCCCUUGUACGGCGCACCGCUCAUCUUCCAUGAUGUCUCGGCGGGUGCCGGCCCUUUCCCCUAUCGGCUGCUGACCGAAGCUGCCCUGUAUGAAUACCCGGGGAUGCGCUAUACGGUUCUCCCCGACAACAACACAUUUCGUGCCGAUCUCGAUGAGACUGUCACUCUUUCCCUCCCACUUCCCACCCCAUGGCGCGUCAUCCUCCUCGCCCGCACACUCGACGAGCUGAUCAACAGUGACGUCAUCGCGUCGCUGAACCCCGCACCCGACCCCGACCUCUUCCCUUCUUACUACUUCUUACCUAUCCUACGCCAAGCCAGGUCGCUCCGUGUGGCGAUGGUGGCGCUAUAA